AAAAUUAUUAUCAGCCGUUUUCGGAGGCACAGAAUUAAAAUUAUAUUUAGGAGUGACAAUAUUAUUGUUGUAGAUAAAGAUUAUGAUAUGAAAAUCAACAGUAAUAAUGACACAGAGAUUACUGUACAAACUCUGUUGAAGCAACAGUAUCCUUCACUAGCGAACGAUAAAUUGUUCCAUGAGUUUUACUUUCCUCAUCGUCUAGAUUAUGCAACUAGUGGUGUAAUGUGUAUUCCAACAAAUAAAGAGGCUUGUAGGGUGAUAUCAAAUACUUUUCAUACUAGAAGAAGUAAAAAAUAUUAUAUUGCAAUUGUUCGAGGAUUACUUUCUAAAGAAAUCAUUGAUGUAGAUAUGGCAAUAGGUGAAGAUAUAAGGGAGCAAACUAUUCAAAAAAUGUGUACUGCUAACUCUCAGUAUUGUGUCAAAAGUCGUGCUGCUAGAACAAUAUUUAUUAUACUCGAUAAAGGUUUAUUUGACAAUUAUCCUGCUACUAAGGUUCUGAUAAGACCUGUUACAGGUCGUAGGCAUCAAAUCAGAGCACAUUGUUCUUACUUAGGGCAUACAAUAGUAGGAGAUUAUACUUACAGUAACAGAAAGGAUAUUAAUCCUUCAAGGAUGUUUUUACACUCCUUGAGGCUAGUAUUGCCCAAUCCAAUGGAAAAUAUUGAUGUUAAUACGAGGGAUCCUUUCAUUGAUUUUAAGGAGUGGACAACUGUUGAGAAAAUAAAUAGUAUUAACAAAAUCACUUAUGAUAAAUUUGAGCCUUUUUUAUAUUAAA